GGGCCGGUAGGGCAGGCAAUGAGGUCGCCGCACAGGCGGCGCCACCAGUCGUGGCGACGGUGGCGGCGCUGCGAACGCAAAUGUGCAUCCGGGGCUUUGCCUCAGCGUCAUUCCAUCGAUCGCAGGCGCGCUGCAAACAUGGCCGGCAAGGAGGGAGAUUACUACAAGGCCGACAAAAAAGAAGGCGGCUUCCUGCGGUUUCUGUACAACCCCGACACCAAAGAAGUAUUCGGCCGAACUGGCCUAAGUUGGUUUAAGAUCACCGUUUUCUACAUCAUCUUCUAUGCAUGCCUUACUGCAUUUUGGACCAUUAUGCUCAUUGUGUUCUACCAGACACUGGACACAAUAAGGCCUACAUGGGUGCUAGACGGAAGUGCUAUCGGAACAAUUCCAGGGUUGGGCUUCCGCCCGCGACCACCAGAGAAAAAUGUUGACAGCACCCUCAUCUACUUCAAGGCUGGCACCGGAGGCAACUGGAAAUACUGGGUAGAGGAUCUUCAAGAGUUUCUGAAGGACUAUGACCGGCAAGAAGCGGACGGUGAGCACCUGCGUACAUGCAGCUUCGAGCAGCCCAUUGACCCCAAAGAAAACAAGGCAUGCCGUUUCGCUCUCGAGAACAUUGCUAGCAACUGCUCCAGUGCUCAGCAGUUCGGAUACGAGUAUGGCCAACCAUGCGUCCUCCUGAAGCUCAACAGGAUUUUCGGCUGGGUACCAGAACCUUAUGACAAUGGCUCAUACCCACAGAAGCUUCCAGACAAUGUCAAGAACGACUACAACCCGAACUACGUCUACAUCACUUGCGAGGGAGAGAACGUGGCCGAUGUGGAGAGCAUGGGCCCUCUGGCGUACUUCCCCAGCAACCGCAUCGAGAAUUUCUACUUCCCGUACAAGAACACUCCGGGCUACCUGUCGCCCUUCGUGUUCGUCCAGUUCCUGCGGCCCGAGCGAGGCGUCCUCAUCAACAUGGAGUGCAAGGCGUGGGCGAAGAACAUCAAGCACGACCGCCAGGACCGCAUAGGCAGCGCCCACUUUGAGCUCAUGGUCGACUGAGCCAUCCUGCGUUUUACCACGUGUGCCCUUCGCAGUGGCACGCGCUUCUUCGUACACAAAACAUGUGUGAUGCUAGCAUCGCCGAAAAACCAGCUUCUGUCCUCUCUCCCUCCACUUUUUCAUCUAUCUCUGUUCCUUCCGCCAACCCACCACCCUUGCAAAAUCAUAAUGUACGUGUAUUAUGUGCGCUGCUCGGUUCUUGGUGCCAGUGAAGUCGGGAGAACAUUGGUGAACCCUUUUACGUUUUCGUUGUCGUUUUCACUUUUAUUUUUUAGACAGCCUCUGCAUUUCAUUGUAUUAGUGCAUUCCCGGUUAAGCCUAUAAUAUAAAGAACUAGUCUGCUGCCACUUUUCUUUUAUUUCCCCUUCAGUCACAGUUCAUUGCUACUUAUCGUUCCGCUGGCACUGUCUCGACGGGUCAACAAGAGAGGCAUCUGUUUCGAAAGCGUUUCAGAGCUCCACCACUUCCUUUUCGCUUUCGCUUAUUCAGAGGCAGCUCUUUUCCACGGACAUUCCAGAGAACUGCAGCAGCGCGUCUGCGAUCCUUAUCACUUUAUUUUUUUUUCUUCAUUGCUCCCCUCUUACCUUCUCGUACGCUGCUGCCGCUUCUCUAUCGUAGUUGUUGCAUAUUUCAUAUAGGUUGUUGGGUCGCAAUUCACUGCCCGAUUGUUCUUAUAUUUUCUUUUUCUUUUUUUUUUCAGUUUUUGAGAUUUAGAUGUAAAAAGAAAGUCGACACUGCAAGGAGUGUCAGUUGUUUUUCAAAGUCGUGGGUUUUCCCCCCUUCUGUCACUCCCCGCAUGUACUGAGACGUGCGGGGUCGCGCCGCCAAGUGGAUCUCUCGAGCAAACUUUAAAAAAGUCACAAGGGUUUGCACGUGCGGGGAUUUUCGUGGCACAUAAUGUUAGGCUAGAAUUUCUCUCGCUUGCCCCUGUAGCAACCUCGCGCAUAGUUCCAGACACAUAGGCAUUCAUUUGAAACGGUGCCGGAAUGCCGCGUUUGGGAGUCUUUGCCGAGCCACUGAAGAAAAAAAAAACGCCACACAUGCACCGCUGCCGUUCUUUAACACAACCCGGUGACAGACCCUCUAGUUUGUGAUAGCUUGUUCUAGGAUGAUGAGUUGUUUGCCACCAGGCAAAAUGGGUACUAUCUGCCAGGCUGGCACAAACGUGCCACAUCCGAGGAGGUAGCAGUGGUUGUUAUUUCAAGCCCUUGAAAAGGUGCCACAGUGAAGUCUGAGGUGUGGAGGCGAAGUCAGCGCAUUUGCAAUUGUGUGUUCUUGGCACAGUUGGACUGCAGAGAAACAGGCUCAUGCACACUCGGGCGCAGCUGUGAUGUUGAGAAAGCUCUUGUUGUCGAGGCAGCCCUUCAAGAUUUUUUUUCUUUAUCCGUUGCGCGUGUGCUGGUGUUGUCACUGUAGAAAUGUGCCCAACACACUGUGACAGGGGAUUACCUUGUACGUACGCUAUUGCUUGGAAGAGUAAAAGUUAUUGACACUU